AAUAAUUGUACCUGUUGGAAACACGACCUAAUAAAUUAGAUUGAGGUCAGAGGCAAUUAAAAACCAAGAUGGCAAAGUUUAGAACUGUUAAAGAGUUAGGAACAAAAAAUCAUUAAAAUGUAGUCCUGGAUCCGUGGCUGGUAAGCUCGUUAAAGAGUAUGGAAAAUGCAAUUACAAAAAUACAAUGAUAGUGUUAAUGAAUAGUUAAGAACGUAGCCUCUGUUUUUUAGGUAGGUAUUCCACAAGUGUGAUUAAUGUGGGUUAGAGGCAACUACCUCCAUUUGAAUUUGGAAUUGACGAUAUAAAUGAUUAACUAGUUCAUUAGAAAGUUCUUAAAGCACCAAGCAAAUUGGAAAAUGGGGCUAUGUAUUUUGGAGAGUGGAUAAAUGAUUUAAGACAUGGCAAAGGCAUUCUAAUAUGUGAGGUAUAUUAUUCAGAAAAUAUAUAUUCAAGGAUGGAUCAAAAUAUGAAGGUUAUUUCAAUUAAGGAAAUGCACAUGGAAGAGGUAGAUUGAUACAUUCAAAUGGCGAAGUUUAUGAAGGGUAAUGGGAAAAUGAUGAAGCACAUGGCUUAGGUACUUAUAUUCAUGAAGAUGGGGCAACCUAUACUGGUUAAUGGGAACAUGAUUUAUAGCAUGGCAAAGGUAUUGAAAAAUGGCCAGAUGGAAGGUAUGAUAAUAUGUAUAAAAAGUAGUUAUUUCGAAGGGUUCUAUAAACAUGGGAAAAAGGAUGGAUUAGGUAAAUUUGUAUGGAUUGAUGGAGCUAUUUAUGAAGGGGAAUUUCGAAGUAACAAUAUUGAUGGAUAUGGGAAAUACACUUGGCCAGACAGCAAAUAUUAUUAAGGAUAUUGGAGAAAUAAUAAAAAGUAAAUCAUAUUCUUAAAAUAGAAAUGGAAAAGGAAAAUAUGUAUGGCCAGAUGGAAAAAUAUAUGAGGGAGACUUUGUGAAUGAUCAAAAACAUGGUUAAGGCAUAUUGAAAUUUCCAGAUGGCAGAAUAUAUGAAGGAGAGUGGUAAAAUGACAAACAACAUGGAAAGGCAUUACUAAAAUUACCAAAUGGUUAAGCAUCUUAUGGAGAAUGGAAAAAUGGAAUUCGUAUCAAUUGA